AUGAAGACAAUAAUUCUCAUUGUUUUGGUUAUCAUUUGGAAUACGAAUGCUAAAGAGCAAUCGGUUCGAAUCAAGGGACGUUUUACUUGUCAUGGGCUGCCAGCACAAUACGCUGAGGUUCAACUUGUCAGCAAAAAGAUAAUAGGAGGUGAUGCAUUUGCUCGUGAUGUGUUCUCCGAUCCCAGUGGAGCUUUUGAAAUUGCCGGAUACAUUGAUUGGAGUAAGUAUUCCAAAAUUGACGUACGUCUCUACAUUUGGCACAAUUGCUUCGAAAAACCCUACGAGCAAUCCGAUCCUUGUAAAAAUUGGUUUGAGUUCAAAGUUCCAAAUAUUUUUAUAAACGACGGGACCCUGGCACAGAAGAAAUGGGAAUUGGGAGAAGUCAAGUUAGAAACUCCGAAAUACGGGAAAACACUCGAUGCUUGCGAUUGAAAUAUCAGAAAUUUGCGAGAAAUGAACUUGAAUAAAUAUGUAAUAAAUAGUUUUUAUAGCUG